ACUUUCCUUGUCCUUUUGUGUGCUGACAGCUCAGUUCCCUUCAGUUUUCUCACUCAAAGGAGACUGUACAUCUGUCCAAAAUGGCUGUGCGAUUAUUUGAAGGCAAAGAACAUGCAAACUCAUACUGGAAGUAUCGCAUUUCUCCUUCAGAAGAGCUCAUUGGCAAAGUUCUGCAAUUUCACAGGAAUAAUGAAUAUUCAUCUAAUGGCCUGGCAGUAGAUGUUGGCUGCGGCUCAGGACAGGGAACGUUGCUCUUGGCACCACAUUUUACACGUGUGGUUGGGACAGAUAUUAGUCCAGCUCAGCUGGAAAUGGGAAGGAAACAUGUUAACAUUCCAAACGUUUCUUUCAGGGAGAGUCCAGCUGAAGAACUGCCCUUUGAAGAUGGCUCUGUAGAUCUUGUGACGGCCAUGUCUGCGUUCCACUGGUUUGACCAUUCACGUUUUCUUCAGGAGGCCGACAGAGUGCUCAAACCUCAUGGCUGCCUCGCACUUCUCAACUACACACUGGACAUGGAGCUAACUUAUGGAAACUGUUCAGAAGCAUUAAACCUCAUUUGUAAUGAGUUUUAUGCAGCUCUGCAUCCUUUACGGGAUCCUCAUCUGGGUCCCAGCUCUUUUGAACUGUACAAAAGAACAUAUGACUCUCUGCAGUACCCAGUCAAAGAAUGGCAUGAUCUUUUUUGGGUGAAGAAGGCAGUCCCUCUCUCUGGCUACAUUGGCAUGGUGAAGUCUUUCUCCACAUUUCAGACACUCCUAAAAACAGAUCCAGAAGAGGCCAGACGGCUCUCGCAGGGCAUUGAAGAUAGACUGAAGCGUGCGAUGGACGUGACAUCCUCAGAGACAGAAGUUAUCAUGGGAGUUAAAUACUUUUAUUUUCUGGCACAAAAGCCUGCAAAUGAUUGAUGCCUCAUUUACUGUAGAUGACCAGACCUUAGUAUUAAUCAUACAAUAAUUCCUGAUGUGAUUGACUCACUAAUUUCCAUAACAUUACGUUUUGUAACCUUCAAAUUAAAG